AUCUUUCAUUCUCGAGAGGACCUGUAAAACAUUUAAAAUUUCUCCGUCAUUAUCUAAAUUAAACUAACUAGCAGCGGAGAAAUCAAAAUUCGAGAACGAGUCAAACCUUUAGUCUUUCCGAGGAUCUCUAAAGCAUUACAAACAUACCUCCGUAAGAUCUAUUUCCAUCCGUUAAAGUUGCGCUCCCCAUUAUACCGUUGCUUUAAAAUAUUAUGCUAAAUAAGCUUUACCAGCACAAGCAUGUCAAGAGGAGCCAUGGCUUCAUUUGCUAGCACUGCCAGAACAUACGCACUUCCUGGUAUUCUGGUUUCAAUGGCUGUUGUAUGGCAGCUCUUUAUACUGCCCAAAACUUUUCCUCGAUCUCACUAUGAGGUUAUUGGAGUUAAAUCAAAUUCAUCAUCUGAUGAAAUUUUUGAAGCAUAUGAAAGGCUGACCUCAGAAUGGAAAUCCAACAAGGAUGUGGAUAUUGUUACUGAAAAUGUUAUUGAGGUACAACAUGCCUUCGAGGUGCUAUCUAAUGAAUUGCGGAGAAGAGAUUAUGACUUAUUUAAUGUUGAUGAAUUACAGGAUAUUGCCAAAAUAACCAAGAAACGUUAUGUUGGAGAAAAAAUAUCAAGGCUAGAGCUCCCAUUACUAAAGACAUUUGAAGAUGAUCUUCAUUUCAUGGAUGAUGAUAGUAAAGUUCUUACAUCUCAGAACUUUGGAGGCAUGCUUCGAGAUGAAAUGACCUGGUUGAUACAGGUUUAUUCACUGGGGAGUGCAAGUUGCCAGAAGUUUUCACCUAGUUGGAAAAGAAUUGUGACUUGGCUGGAUGGCGUUGUUAACACCGGAAAAGUAGAGCUGGGUGAAGUUCAGAUAGCAGCUUACCUUGCAGAAAGAAAUCAAGUCACAGGACACCCUUUCUUCCGAUAUGGGCUACCUUCUCUGGUUGCAUUUCCUGCCAAUUGCAGGAAUUUCGACUGCCUUUUGCGCUAUUCGGGGGAACUGAAUGUGGAUGCUAUUGUAGACUGGAUUGCAACGGAUAUUCUUGGACUACCUCGUAUUUUGUACUACUCACCUGAAGCAUUGGUUAGGGAUGUUAUUCGGAAGCCUGCACCACAUAAGGUUAAAGUUAUCUUCUUUUCCAGGACUGGACAUCGUGCUGCCCCUUUUUUGAGGCAGGCAGCAAAGGAUUACCAGGAAUAUGCAUCAUUUGCAUUUGUCCUAUGGCAGGAAGAAAAUGCUCAAUUAUGGUGGAACCUAUUUGAGAUGGAGUCUGCCCCAGCGAUUGUCUUUUUGAAAGACCCUGGUGUAAAAUUUGUACAUUAUGGUGCUAUUAAUAGUUCUGAUUUCAAAAGUCUAAUGGAGCAACACAAAACCCAUGCUCUUCGACAACUUAGGAGCAUAACUUCUAUGGAUCUAGGAUGUGAUCCUAGAGGUCAUUCCCCAGCUGGUAAUGGAUCAUUUCCAUGGUACUGUGUUGUUAUUGCCGGAAAACCAGGAUUUAAGCUCAGCAAAGCACGUGAGGUUUUGCGCAGUGUACAGGACAAUCUUACAAAUGAGGCAAUCACAGAUGCAGUUGAUAUAUCAUCUGCUCCUUUUUCACUAGUUGCAGCACAGGCUUUCAAAGAAAAACGUCUUAGUUUGGGAUGGUUAGAUGGGGUUGCACAGAAAAAAUACUGUUUCUUCUACUUGAGUUCAGAGAAUGUGACUGAAACAUGCGGACCAAGAAACUAUGAAGAAGAAGAAGAUGUGCCUAAAUUGUUUCUUGUGAGGUACCAGAGAAACAUUUCUGAAGAUAAUGUAAAAGUGGACAAGCGAUUUAAACCUGCAUGGGAUUUAAUGAAAGAAGAUGUUUCGGGACUUGCAUCUCAGCUUGUGGCAAAAUAUAAUGGUUCAAUGGAAGUUCCUGAGAUACUAUCGUGGAUAUCAAAAAUAAUCAAGGAAGGUGAUUCCAAAGACCUCCCAUAUUAUAGAAUAAACUCUCCAGAUCUAAUUCCUGAGGAAUCUAAGCCAGCCUGGUCUGGGAUCUCUCAAAGAGUUGUGUACAGCACAAGGAGAAAGAUGCAAGAAAGGAUAAGAGGCUUUGGAACUGGAUUAUCUGAUUAUAUGAGAGAUCCAAGGAUAGGUCCAAUCCUCUUCCUGUUAGCUGCUUUGUAUAUGGGCAGUAUUUGGUUUAGCAAGCAUCAGACCAAAAAGAAAAAUGAACAGAUGAAUAAUGUGGGAACUGAUGUGCCUAAACCAGAACCAUCUAUUACAGAUGAAAUUCCACAAGAUGCAUCUCAAGCCCUUGAAUCAGAUACGGAAUCAGAAGAAUGAGCUGAACGCUUGUUUUAUAUGUUUUAUUUUAUGUGCAAAUUGGCACAGAAACAUCUACAAAAUUGCAGCAGUGGAAAGUAAAUGCUUCAUGCAACAAAAAUAUUUAGUUUCAAUAUUUUGACUGCAUGGUCGUUUCUUUCUUCAAUUUUACCAAUAUCAUUUUUGCAAGUGGGUGGAUGGAAGAGGACAACAGAGGAAAGCUAGCUGUAAUGUCUGUGUAAACUCCAAUAUAAUUGUCAUAGCUGGGUGUUUAUAUUCUUCAAUUUUCUAUUCAGUGGUGGAUUGGAGAAUUCAAUGAAAAAUGUAAGCUGGCAAUUUAGAUAAUGUUUUGAUAUAAGAAUGUCGAAGUGUUCAAAAAUAAUUUUCAUAUUCAA